AUGUAUUGUGUUAAAGUGUUAGGGUCUACAUUUUUACAUGGUGAUGAUCAAUGUGCACCAAAUGACAAAACUAUCAACACGAAAAGUGCAUUUAUGAAUUUAAGUUCUCCUAGCCAGUCAGCUGAUCUACAGAAACAAGAUGUUAAUAUUCAAACGUCUCAUAACACUCCUAGUUUCACCGAAACGCCAGCUUUUCAAACAAGUAAAUCUUCGUAUUCAACGUCUGCUCCAGUAAAUUCAUAUAGCCCAUACUCUUGUAGUUCUCAGUCUCAUCAAACAUCUUUUCCAUCUUCAACAUCUAAUUGUAAUACAAGUAAUUUUUCUACCACACCAGCCACUCAAACAUCUUACAGCACUUCUUUUACACAAGCAAAUAUGGCAACUUACAGUCAAACAUCGCCCACGUCAUCUGCUACGCCUGUCAUAUACAACCAAACUUCUUCUACAAAUCAGGGUUACCAGUCGUCCACUGGUCUUGCAACUAUACCCAUUACUCAGUAUCAAGCACAGUCAUCUUCAACCAAUUCUUCUAAUCAUAAUACUUCUUACAUAAGUUCGGGAUACCAUAACGCUGCAACAUUUAAAUCUUCGUCUCAGGCUUAUCAACAAUCAAAUACAACGUUCACCACUUCAAUGAGCCAAGCGUCUAAUGCAUACUCUAAUACUGUCCAAUCAGUUUAUUCUAACACAUAUUCCAACUAUGGCUGUCAAACUCAGUCGAGUUCUCAAGAUCAUAAGCUUCAUUGUAAUAAAGAUUUGCAAUAUGAGAAUAACGUAAUUACUACCAAUAACUCCUUGACUACUACGACUGGUACGCUGGGGCUUACCUCGAAUUCAGCAAACUCAUCUCAGACAAAAACGACCCUGUCGAAUACUGUGCCAAAAAGCAGUAUAAGUGGACUAGUAACUAGCAGUAGUACUUCUAACACUGUAUCUGCGUCUGGAACAACCGGAAAUAUUCCUCCAGUGCUAAGCCAUCAAUAUAUUAUGGGACAAAGUGUACCAUAUGCAACCUUUCAACAACCUCACAUGUACAGUUAUGAAGAUCUUCAAAUAAUGCAACAGCGAAUUCCUCACAUGCCAACUACUGGUUAUUAUGAUGCCGCUUUAGGUUAUCAAACAACAGGACCAGUUACAAGUCUUGGAAAUAGCAGAAGUGAUGCUUUAUCCGGAGUUCAAGCUGUUCAAGGGCAAUACACAAGUAUGAACGAUGCAAGGUUUGCCAGAACAGAUAGUAAUGCUUCUCCUGUAUCAUCAACAAUAUCACAACAGACUGCAACUCAACACCAGCAACCCUUGAUAAAUCCGAUUCCUCCAGGCUAUGCUUAUUUUUAUGGAGGUGGAAUAAUGCCUGCCGGUGGUUUUCAGUAUGGAACUCCUGCUAUAUAUCCUCAAAUUGCAACAGCUGGAAAUGCUGGUUCAACAAGCGGUGCUUACAAUACAAAACCGGCAACUUAUAGUUCAGGUUAUGGUGGUAGCACAAAUUAUGAUACUUUAACGAAUUCUGGAACCUCAGGUGAUUAUAAAAGCUCUACAUCUGGGUAUUCCAGUAACCAAAGUAAUAAAAACGGAUCCUCAAGUGGAAAUACUAACGUGACAGGAAGUUUAACUGAUAUAAAUACGACACUUUAUACAAAAGGUCAUGUAACGCUGAACAAAGUAAAUUCUUAUGAAAAGCAAACUUUUCAUUCGGCCACGCCACCACCAUUUGGGCUCAGUAGUAAUCAAAAUGCAAAUGUAAUAAGUGGAUAUGGAGCACAUUUGUUUAUCCCAACUGUGCCGCAUCAGCUACAUCAACCUCUACAUCAAGAUAGUUCGAAUAGUUCUGGACAAAGAACAAAUAGUAGUUCUCAAAAUAAAGCACAAGUUAAACCAGGAUAUAGUACGAGUUAUUGGGCUGGUAGUAAUUAAAUGUGUACAUUUUAUUAUAAAAGUGCAUUAUUAUUUUUAAUGAUUUAAACAUAAAAAAUAUUACUUUGUAUAUUUAACAUUUAAUCACUGCAUUAUUAGUAUUGUACACAAAAAAAUAUUGUGAAAUAAUAAAUAAUAGGCUAAUUUGUCAUCUAGAAACAACUACAUUGUAUUACGAUUACAUACAGAUAGGUGUAUGAUUCACGUGUGUAUAUAUACAUAUAUAUAAACUUAUACAUU